GGUCGCGUGUAUGGUCGCGUGGCGUCUCUGUGACGUACUUAUUAUAGAAGAAUUCCAUAAUUCCAAAAGAUUUUUUGGUUCUUGAAGUUGACCUUGUACUAGGCUACACUAAAUAAUCUUUGGGCUACACUGUCGAAAACGUUCAAAGCAUUCAACAGAAUGUAAUUAGGCUUGGUAGCCUACAACCAAUUCAUCCUGUAAAUUAAACGAUCGGAUUUAAGAUGACAGUAAGAAGACGCUCGAUAGGUCAGCAGAGAGAGUAUGACUCAGAAAGACGGUGGGAUAUCUUAGGAGAUGAGGAUAGUGGGGACAUACUAUGCAUGAAGGAGAUCACUCAGUGUAAGCAAGAUGACUUCGACACAGAGAACUUUGUCUCUGAGGUGCUCGUGGGAGCCUUGCUGGAGCAUUUCCUGUUUAAGUGCCUCAUCCUCUUUGUCAUCAUCAGCAACGCCAUCAUCAUCUCGAUUCAGACGUCCAAUCCCGUUUUCACCAAGAAAUAUGAAAUUGCAUUCAGUGUAUGUGAACACAUAAUCCUCAGCGCUUUCACCUGGGAGAUCCUGGUCAAGUGGUUCUAUGGCUUUGCCGUUUUCUGGAGGAAUGGCUGGAACAUACUGGAUUGCGUCGUAACAACAGCUCUGUUACUGGGACCUAGAAUCUUUCCACAAGGGAGAAGUGUCUUCAAGGUCAUGAGGGUGCUCCGUGUGGUCCGAAGCGUCAGCAACUUCGCCAGCAUGCGCGGCGUGGCCAGGAUGAUGCAGGUCAUCUGGCAAUCUCUCCCCGACUUGGCCAACAUCUUCUUGCUCCUCAUCGUUAUCAUGAUGGUCUUUGCUGUGUUUGGAGUCACUUUGUUCAGCACUAGUGUGCCGUCGGCGUUUGGUGACCUCACGUCGUCCCUCUACACCCUAUUUAUCUGCAUCACUCAAGACGGAUGGAUGGACAUUUACGAAAGAUUCAAAGAGGUUGGAGCAUCACAGCUGUACGGCGCUUCGGUGUACUUCUUCAUCUUCCUCACCAUCGGCGCCUUCAUCUUUGGCAACCUCUUUGGUGCCGUGGUGACCACCAACUUAGAGAUGUCCAUGACGGACAUGGAUGAAAAAGGCGGCGAUAACCCUUUGAUGAUCACGCCUGAGGAUAAUACGCAAAUGAUGGGCAACACCAUGGUCCAUGUGGAGGAGGUGGUGACCAAGACCAAAAUGACCAAGAGGCAGAAGCCAUGGAAAGGCACUUACGUGGAGAGCCUGAGGUUGGAGACAUUCGAGGAGCUGAUCCUUGUCCUGUCCACCAUGCAGACCAAUUUGAAGGAGUACAAGUCAAUCCGUAACAAGCUGGACAAGAUUGUGGAGGAGGUGCACAGCCUCCCCUUCAACAGGGAACAGGAAAACGCUGUGAUCAUGCGUGACCAAAGGGCUGCAAUGCUGAAAAACACCAUCCUGAAGGAUGACAUUGCCAUGGGACGCACUGGAGACAUGCUGUCCACACUAAUGACCCUGGAGAAGGCUCAUGUUAUUAACUCAGGUACAGACUCCCCGGCUUUGUUCCAGAAGGGUCUACGCCAUGAAGCUAUGCGGCGAAUGUCUGUGUCCAAUGACAAAAAACAAGAAACAGCUGAAAGCAGCACCAAGCACAAAUAAGGCAUUGCUGCACAAUGUACUUCUUCACCAAAAGCAAAAAUGAAUAAAUGAAUACUGUAGCAAGAGAUAUCUACUAGGGUUAACAAUACACGUCUGUAAUUACGUUAAAUGAUGAAAA